UCUCAUCACCCAUUGAACACCUUUCAUCUGUUACCAAAAAGAAGAAAAUUGUUCUUUGGUGAAUCAAUAUCUUCACUCUUCAGCAACAUGGGCGCAGGUGGCCGAUCAAAUCCUCAUGAUCUACAUGUCAAGAAAUCCGAAGCUGGAGGUAUCAAAAGAGCCCCAACCUCAAAACCACCAUUUACACUAGCCGAUAUUAAAAAAGCCAUACCUCCUCAUUGUUUCGAAAGAUCCUUGAUUCGAUCCUUCUCGUAUCUGAUAGCCGAUCUUACAGCCGUCUCGGUCUUUUACUACCUUGCCACAACUUUUAUCCCACAACUCCCUCACCCUCUUCCUUAUCUUGCAUGGCCAGUUUACUGGUUCCUUCAAGGUUGUGUGUUCAUGGGUAUUUGGCUUAUUGCUCAUGAGUGUGGUCACCAUGCUUUUAGUGAUCAUGUAUGGCUUGAGGAUACUCUAGGGUUGAUUCUACACUCAUGCCUUAUGACACCUUACUUUUCAUGGAAAAUAAGCCACCGAAGACACCAUGCUAACACUGGUUCACUCGAACAUGACGAGGUGUAUGUCCCAAAGAGAAGAUCUACACUUAAUGCUUCCGCGUUUUACCUAAACAACUUUAUUGGUCGAACUCUAACUCUUCUUGUCAAACUUACUCUCGGGUGGUACAUAUAUUUGUCGAUUAAUGCGGCUGGAAGACCUUAUGAUAAAUUUGCUAGUCAUUAUGAUCCUAGGAGCCCGAUUUUUGCAGAUAACGAGCGAGUCUUGAUCCUCAUAUCUGAUAUUGGGCUCCUAAGCUUUUCUUACUUGUUGUACAAAGUGGCCAUGAUUCAAGGGUUCACUUGGCUUUUCUGUGUCUAUGGUGGUGCGUUGAUGGUCAUGAACGCGUUUCUAGUGACCAUCACAUACCUUCAUCAUACGCACCCUUCGUUGCCGCACUAUGAUGACAACGAAUGGAACUGGAUGAAAGGCGCAUUCGCGACUGUUGAUAGGGAUUAUGGAGUUCUAAACAAGGUGUUCCAUAACAUUACUGACACACAUGUGUUACACCAUUUGUUCUCAUACAUUCCUCAUUAUCAUGCCAUGGAAGCCACUAAAGCGAUCAGGCCGAUUCUCGGUGAGUUUUAUCAAAGUGACAGUACUCCAUUUUUCGUGGCUUUAUGGAGAGAAUCCAAGAACGGUUUGUUCAUUGAGCCUGAUGAUGAAAGAGAUGAAAAGAACAAGGGUAUCUACUGGUUCAGAAACAAUUAUUGAAUACCAGAGCAAUGAAGUAAAUUAUCAAUUAUCUUAUACUAUGUGGAUUUUGUAAUCUUUGUGCUUCGUUCUUCCUACAAUCAUAAUGAUGUAAUUCCUUAUAAAGGCGUUCGUCGUUAAAAUUAAUAGAGUAAAAUGUAUGUGGUAUCUGGUUGAAGGUAAAAAUGGGUGUAGUGACAUGUGGCAUAUGGGGGCAUUAUGCGAAGUAAACGUAAAAAUGAGUGUAGUAUUAUAAUACCCUAAUAAUGAUUAUCCAAUUAUUAUC